CCCCGAAUUCGGCCUUCUAUGCUCCUGGGCUGCAGCACGGUGUUCAAACUUCGAUGCAGACAUAUUCACCUUCUACAGUGUCCUUGUAUCCUUCUGUAAAUUCUCAUCUGGAAUCCGGCGAUCUCAGUGUCAUUGCACGUUUGCCAGCCGCUUAUGGAGUUUCCCACACAAAUACUGCAUCCAUUCAGUCUCAGCCAGCAACGACAAAGUAUCCUUCAGGAACAAAUGGAACUAGCAGUCGUUCAUUCACACGUCACAAAGACGUCGGUGGUAAGCCCCCGCUUGACGAAUUAUCUUCGCGUGCUUACGAGCGGCCCUUAGUUCAUUCGAACUUUUCGCAUUCUCGUAUUGGUUCGCGUUCAUCUACCAGUGGAACAGAAAUCUCUUCUCCAGACAGUAAUUCUAAUAUUGGUGGAGUUAAGGGCUCAUUUACGCCUUGCAAAGUAUGCGGUGACAAGGCCAGCGGUUAUCACUACGGGGUCGUCUCAUGUGAAGGUUGCAAGGGCUUUUUUCGUCGCAGCAUUCAAAAACAGAUUGAGUACAAGUGUCUCAGGGAUGGCAAAUGCAUUGUGAUACGUUUGAAUCGGAACCGCUGUCAGUACUGCCGCUUCAGAAAAUGCAUUGCUGUG